CACACGUUCAAAUUCUAUAUAAAUACAUCUACAUAUUGUUCCUCAUUUCUUCAACCAACCCGACAUUAAAUUAUUUCAUCAUUUGCAUUAAGAACAGUUUGAAUUAAAUCUUAAUCCAAAUAAUCCCAUCAUGUUCAUCUUUCUCAUAAUCUUUAUUUCUUUAGGGUUUUUCAUUUUUUCUUUCUUUUUUUCUCUCUUUCAAGAAUUCAAGAAAACUCAUGAUCAUGGUCCUCCUUCUUAUCCGUUUAUCGGAUGUUUAAUAUCUUUCUACAAGAAUCGUUACCGUCUUCUGGACUGGUAUACUGAUCUUUUAUCGGUUUCACCCAGUCAAACCAUUGAAGUUCAGCGACUCGGCGGCCGCCGUACUAUUGUCACUGCUAAUCCAGCCAAUGUUGAGCAUAUGCUCAAGAAUAAUUUCAGUAACUUCCCUAAAGGAAAACCCUUCACUGAAAUUCUUGGAGACCUUCUCGGCUGUGGUAUUUUUAACGUUGAUGGUGAGUUAUGGUCAACUCAGCGAAAACUCGCUAGCCAUGAGUUUAGCACCAAAUCAUUAAGAGAGUUCGUGAUCAAAAUUCUGCAAGAAGAAGUUGAGAAUCGUUUAAUACCAUUAAUGGAAGAUGCAGCCGAUAAUGAUCAUGUUCUUGAUUUACAAGACGUGUUGAGAAGAUUUUCUUUAGAUAUUAUUUGCCGAGUUUCUUUAGGCACUGAGUUGAAUUGCUUAGAUUAUUCACGUCCGAUUCCGCCGCUUGUUAAAGCAUUCGACACCGCAUCGGAAAUCAGCGCCAUGAGAGGAGCAGCGCCUGUUUAUGCCGUGUGGAAGACGAAACGAAUGUUCAACAUGGGAAUUGAAAAGAAACUCAAAGAAUCGGUGAAGAUCGUUCAUGACUCGGUUCUUGAAAUCGUCAAGAAUAAGAAAGCGAAGGUUCUUGAAAAUGAUCAAGAAUGCGAUCUGUUAUCAAGAUUGUUAUCAGCUGGACACGAUGAUGAAAUUAUUAGAGAUAUGGUGAUUAGUUUUAUUAUGGCGGGAAGAGACACCACGUCAUCAGCAAUGACGUGGCUCUUCUGGUUGCUGUCAGAGAAUCAAAACGCAGAGGAAAUGAUUGUGAAUGAAGUGGAAACGUUACUAAACGACAACGGUGAAAACAAGGCAAUUGAUUUCGAGCUACUUAAAGAGAUGAACGUUUUGAAAGCGAGUUUAUGUGAGUCAAUGCGGUUAUAUCCUCCGGUAGUAUGGGACUCAAAACAUGCCGCCGCCGACGACAUCUUGCCGGACGGGACUUUUGUUCGGAGAGGAGAUAGAGUCACUUAUUUCCCUUACGGAAUGGGGAGAAUGGAGAAAUUAUGGGGAAAAGACCGGUUUGAGUUUAGACCGGACCGGUGGUUUGAUGAACUGACCGGCAGUGGGAUAUUGAAGGCGGUCAGUCCGUUCAAGUUUCCAGUGUUCCAAGCUGGUCCAAGGGUGUGUCUUGGAAAGGAAAUGGCGUUCAUACAGAUGAAGUACGUGGUGGCUACCAUUUUGAGGCGGUUCGAGAUCAAACCGGUUAGUGAGGACCAGCCGGUUUUUGUGCCUCUAUUGACGGCUCAUAUGGCUGGUGGCUUGAAGGUCAAGGUCAAGAGAAGAAAUCAGAAUUGAAAAAUGUCAAUGAAUUAGUUAGCUUUUUGUAUAUGAAUGAGUAAUAGUUUUUUGACAAAAUUCCAACAAUGGGGAUUGUCAAUGCACACUUUUAAAUUAAUAGGCUUUUAUCAAAAGCAUUAUUUCUGCUUAA